UGUCUACAAAUACCAAUUUAAGUAUACUUUUGAUAAUUUUUUUUUAAAUUUCAUAGCCGUUAGCUAUAAUUUAUAGGAAAUGGGUGAGAAAUGCAAAUAUUCGUCGGGAGAUGACGACAAAACAUGCAUCCCAAAUACCAAUAACGUCACAGGAAAUCCUGUUGUUGAUGAAACGGAUGACGCCACCGAUGAUGAUUUGGACUGGUUAAUGGACUCCGUCGUAUAUGUAAGUUCUGCAGUAGCAGAGCCCGCCGAAGUUCACACGGAAGAAGAAGUACGACAAUAUAAUAUCGAAUCAGAAGAUCUGCAUUUUAAAAAUAAUCUCAACGAUGAAGACGAUUUUUUAAAUUUAACGGUCAUAGAUAAUUCAGUACUGCUGCCGCCGAUAUCGGAGAACUUGUUUGAGCAACCGGUACUAGAGUUAGUGCCACAAAUUCCUGAUUGGAUGCCGGAUAUGCUAACUGACCAAUACCGUUUAAUCGUGCUGGUAUUAAACGCCCAAAUGAUAGGAAUAGCCUCAAUUGAUCCAGAAUUCGACUUUAUGGAAAAUGAGAUAAUAGACCAUAUAAUUUGUACAAUCGGAACAGGUUCAGAAUUUGAUAACCAGCUGGCCAUUUUGACGCCGGAGGAGAACAUCUAGCCAACACCAUUUAAUUCACCCUAAGUC